AUGCAGGAGGCAGGGCCAAACCCGACUUGGAGUAGAUAUAUACGAGGGCAGUCCGGGCUGGCUAACCGCACUGGGGAAGUGACUUCACGCACCAUGGAGCUGGCUGGAGCCAUCACCAUCUUCCUGGGCAUCUACGUGUCCUGCCUCUUUGUCAUCUCCGCCUGGAGAAAGCAGUCGCGCUACAGGAACCUGCCCCCCGGGCCCACUCCCCUCCCGCUGAUCGGGAACUUCCUGCAGAUGAAGGUGGGAGAAACCCUAAAAUCACUGGAGAAGCUGAGUGAGAAGUACGGCCCGGUGUUCACCGUCUAUUUCGGGUCCAAGCCCAUCGUGGUGCUGUGCGGGCACGAGGCAGUGAAGGAAGCGCUGGUGGACCAGGCCGAGGAGUUUAGCGGGAGAGCCCACAUACCGACUGUCGAGAAGAACUUUCACGGCUUUGGGGUGGUUUUUGCCAACGGGGAGCGGUGGCGGCAGCUGCGCCGGUUCUCCCUCACCGUCCUGCGGAACUUCGGCAUGGGGAAGAAAAGCAUCGAGGAGCGGAUCCAGGAGGAGGCCCAGUUCCUGCUGGAAUCCUUUCGAAAUACAAAAGCGGAACCUUUUGACCCGACCUUCUUCUUGAGCCGGGCCGUCUCCAACGUCAUCUGCUCCAUCGUCUUUGGCGACCGCUUCGACUACGAAGACAAAGAGUUCCUGUCCUUGCUGCAGAUGAUGAACGAAAGCUUUAGAGAGAUCAGCACCUCGUGGUCACAGUUCUACGACAUGUAUGCGGAUUUUCUCAAAUACUUCCCCGGCCCUCACAUGAAAAUCUACUACAUACUGGAAGACAUGAGGAAAUUUAUUGAGAGGAGAGUGAAGCAGAACCAAGCAACGCUGGAUGCCAAUUCCCCCCGGGAUUUUAUCGACUGCUUCCUGAUCCAAAUGGAAAAGGAAAAGCAAAACCCUUCCAGCGAAUUUAACACCAAGAACUUGGAGCUGACCACGCUCAACUUGUUCUUCGCCGGCACGGAGACCGUCAGCUCCACCCUGCGAUACGGGUUCCUGCUCCUGAUGAAACACCCAGAGGUCCUAGGGAAGAUGCACGAGGAGAUCGACCGGGUGAUCGGCCAGAGCCGCGUCCCGGCCAUCGAGGACCGGAGCCAGAUGCCUUACACCGACGCCGUCAUCCACGAGAUCCAGCGGGUCAGCGACCUGAUCCCCAUGGACUUGCCCCACAUCGUGACCCGGGACACACAGUUCAGAGGCUACACCAUCCCCCAGGGCACCGAGAUCUACCCCAUGCUCAGCACCGUCCUGCGCGACCCCAGCAAGUUCAAAACCCCCGAAAGCUUCAACCCCGGGAACUUCCUGGAGGAGACGGGGCGGUUCCGGAGAAACGACGCCUUCGUGCCCUUUUCCUCUGGUAAGAGGAUCUGCCUGGGCGAGGCGCUGGCCCGCAUGGAGCUCUUCCUCUUCUUCACCACCAUCCUGCAGCGCUUCACGCUGAAACCCCUGAUGGCCCCGGAGGACAUCGACACCAAGCCGCUGGAGAGCGGCUUUGCCAAAAUCCCCCCCUUCUACCAGCUCUGCGUGGUGCCUCGCUGA